ACCUUUGACCUUAGUGGCGUUAUCGUUGAUAACCAACCAACGUGCCAAAGAUGUCAAAAACUGGUGAAAGUGGUCCAAAGAAAGGAAAUGAACCAAAGAGCAAUAGAACACUCGACAUAGAGGGUCGAAAUGUGAACGGAAGGGUGCCGAUGAAGGCGGAAACGCCCACUAUACCGAAGCGCCGGCAGGAGCUGUUAAAGUGGAAUGGUUGGGGUUACAGUGAUUCCAAAUUUUUUCUCAACAAGGAUGGACAAGUGGAAUUUUCAGGAGAUCGGUAUCGUUUGAGUGGACAGGUGAUGCCACUUCUCCGAGAAUGGAUGAUGGCAACUGUAGGCAUUAGUCUAGAUCACAAGACACCAGCUCAGCCGCCAUUGACAGCCAAGGAUAUAAAUGCACCGACAAGAAAUGAAGAAUUUAUCUCAGAUCUUAGAAGAACCAGCAUUCCUUUCACUGAUGAUUGUCAGGACCGACUUUUUCGUGCUCACGGACACACAUUACAUGAAAUUUUUGUCUUGAGAGAGGGAAUGUUUGACCGAAUCCCUGAUCUAGUAGUUUGGCCUCAGUGCCAUGACGAUGUUGUAAAGAUCACAGCUUUAUGUUGUAAACACAAUGUAGUCAUUAUUCCAUUUGGAGGAGGAACAAGUGUGUCAGGUGCUUUGGAGUGUCCAGCCGAGGAAAGAAGAAUGAUUGUCUCCCUUGACACAUCACAAAUGAACAAAAUCCUGUGGAUUGAUGAGAAAAAUCUGACAGCCCACUGUGAGGCAGGGAUAAUUGGCCAGGAUCUUGAGAGAAGGUUGGCUCAGAAGGGUUUCUGCACUGGACAUGAACCAGACUCAAUGGAGUUCAGCUCCCUUGGUGGCUGGGUGGCCACUAGAGCAUCAGGAAUGAAGAAAAACAUUUAUGGCAAUAUUGAAGAUCUGGUGGUGCACAUAAAGUUUGUGACCCCGAGGGGUGUGAUGGAGAAGAGUUGUCAAGUCCCACGCAUGUCUUCAGGAUUAGACAUACAUCACUUUAUCAUGGGAUCAGAGGGAACACUGGGUGUGGUAACUGAGGUGACAUUGAAGAUUCGCCCUCUUCCUCCAUGCAGAAAGUAUGGCUCCAUAGUUUUCCCAGAUUUUGUUAAUGGUGUCAACUGUCUUAGGGAGAUAGCAAGGCAAAGGUGUGCUCCAGCCUCAAUACGACUAAUGGACAAUCAACAAUUCCAAUUUGGUCAUGCUUUGAAACCUGAGUCAAAAUCCUUAUUAAAUAGCUUUGUUGAAGGCAUUAAAAAGUUUUACAUCACAAAACUUAAAGGUUUUGAUACGUCCAAGAUGGCUGUAGCUACUCUCUUGUUUGAGGGGACUAAACAGGAAGUGGCAGCACAAGAGAAGAGAGUGUAUGAGAUUGCUGCUCAGUUUGGGGGUUUGCCAGCAGGUGCUGACAAUGGGGAGAGAGGAUAUAUGUUAACUUUUGUUAUUGCUUAUUUAAGGGAUUUGGGAUUUGAGUACUACAUAGUAGCAGAAUCAUUUGAAACUUCUGUGCCUUGGGAUAGGUGUUUAGACUUGUGCCAAAAUGUCAAAGACAGGUUACACAGAGAGUGUAAAGAGAAAGGCAUUCAGUUUCCUCCCUACAUCACCUGCAGGGUAACACAGACAUAUGACGCAGGUGCUUGUGUGUAUUUUUACUUUGGUUUUAAUUACCGAGGAAUUCAGAACCCAGUCCAUGUGUAUGAAGAAAUAGAGGGGUCGGCAAGAGAUGAAAUUUUGGCAAAUGGAGGAAGUAUAUCCCAUCACCAUGGUGUUGGUAAGCUGAGGAAGAAAUGGUUGAAGAAAACAGUUGGAGAAGUGGGACUAGGAUCCAUGCGGGCCAUCAAGAGUUUUAUAGACCCCAACAACAUAUUUGGAAAUGACAACCUUAUGAUUGGCGAAGCAAAGUUAUAAAAUAUUGGACAAGUUACAUGUAAUUCAAAUAAGAUAGAGUAUACUAUAGUGAAAAAAAUUGGGAUAAAAAUUCAAACACUCUUGAAUCUUAGUCUUAUCAUUUAAAUGGAAGGGUAGAAAAUUGCAAUCAUUAUAUCAUAUUAAAAUACAUGGAGUAUAAGAUAGAUAGAAUGUUUCAUUUACAUACAAAAGUUGAACAUCAGUCAUGUGGCAAAGUUAUUACUGGAAAGAGGAAAGAUGAUAGCAAGAUCUUUGAGAAUGAAAUCCUUCUGGCUAGUGCAAUAUGUGAAGUUUUGUAUGGUACAUGAUGUGUACUCUAUAUAUGCACUCUGAACUCUUUUAAACUUAUUUGAAAUUACUGGUACUCUGUACAAGAUCAUGCAAAUUUUAUAUUUUGUCAUUAAACUUCAGUGAAUAUUUGAAUACACAGGUUUGAGACUUCAUAUUUUCACAAGAUCCAAGAACUCUUGAAAAAAUGGGAGAACUUGGUGACAGAUUGCUCUCCCCUUUUUUAUACUCUGCUUUCAUGGUCAGUUCCAUUAUGUAGAUCUUUAAAUUCUGUCAUCUCUUUAUUAUGCCAGUUUGGCAGGUUUCUUGCAUAUUUGAUAAUUAUCUCUUGUAUAUUCAGUUAUAUAAUUUAUUUUAGUAGUUAUUUGUACAAUAUUGAACCAAAUUAUUCUUUAAUUAUAUUGUAUCAUUUUUUUUUUUCUUCAUACUCUGUUAUUUGAAAAUCUUUCUUUGUGCAUGAUUCUUGUUAAUUUUAUUUUUUUUUAACAAAUGAACAAAUAUUGAAAGUAGUAAAGUCUGUAUAUUUCAAUCUACAGGGUACAGCUUUUGUUCAAAUCCAUUAGAAGUCGUAAUAAUCAAUUUCGCCAUACAAUUUAUUUUAAUAAAGUUCAAUCUCAGUGUUUAUGAUUUAAAUGUCAACUGUGUUAUUUUUUUUUGCAUUUUGAAUGUCAGAAAAUUGUAUGGAUGAUUUCUUUUUGUGCAAUUUAAUUUAUGAAAUGACUGGUUAUGCAUGAUGCACAUGUAUACAUGUAGCUGUGUUCGUUCAUCAGUCAAUCAUGUUCAAUUUAAGCAUUAUUUGUUUGUUGAAUUCUUUUUACAAAAUUUGAUCAUUAUGCUGUAAUUAAUUGCUGUUUUAGACAGCCAAUCCAACAAACCAAAAAAUAUAUGAAAGUUUUAAGAAAUAAACAGAAAUUAAAUUCAA